CUGCUCGCGGGCGGCGCAGUCGCCGCAGCCGCGGAGUCCGACGGCGCCGGUUCGCUGCGCUGUGUGCCCGCGGUGAGAGGCAAGAAGAGGACACAGAGAAGAAGGCCAGCAGGUUUGUCACCGGCUUUGGACCACCGCUCCUCCAGCUGGGAAGGAAGGUUCCCUCCCUCAGAGCUUCAGACACCUGCCGGCUGACCCCUCUGCUGGCGCUGUCACUGUUGCCACCACUGCCGCUGUGGAAUUUCCUGGGGACCAGGGCACCAGAGAGACAGGGAGAAAGGAAGAAAGCCAGGGAUCUGGCCCACUGUCUCAGAACCAGGUGACCCCUUUCCUGUUGUUAGAGGCUUAUCCUGGAGCCCCCAGGCAGCCUCUUGCUCGCUUCUGGGUAUCGGGUUGUAUUUAGUCCAGGCUGGUGAUACCAGGGUCAGGGACAUGGUAGACUCACCGCAACCUUGGUGGCACUUCAAAUUCUGGUCUUCAACCCCCUUCUGCCUGCUGCUGGUCAAUUCUCAGAGGCGUCAGUAGCUCCUCUGUGUGCCUGUCUAGCCUUUUAGCCACGUUCAGUGGGCAGGGCAGGGUGGCGUGGGCGGCGCUUACUCCCUGUGGAGUAACCAUAAGGAAACCAGAACCAUAAGGAAACCAGAAGAUGUGUUUUAAAGGCCUUAAACAGAAAAAUCUGGAUGAAACAAAGAAAUGAGGAAGUCAGGAAUAAAGUAAAGGGUGAAUGAGUAGGUGAGAGUGAGCAGAAGCGCCUGAUAUGCAGGAUCCUGUGGGCCUCUGGAGCCCAUCCCCGAAUGCCCUCACCCAUCUUUCCAUGUGCGCCUUGCAGAGGGAGGAGGGAAGCCCUCCGCACCCACCCCACCUUCCAGGUUGAGACGAAGGCUUCGACCAUCAGCACAUGAGCCUAUGCUUUCCACGAGGAGUGUCAGAAAGAUGCUGUAGGGCCAGGUGAGCUGCUGCGAAGGACUCAUUCUUGGUGGCCAGCAGUUACCGGCAACUUGUGAGCUUGGUGGGCUCCUACUAACACGCCUGGGACGCCAGGCUGCCGGGCUCCCCUCCAGGCAGCCUCCCCAGCAGCUCCCCAGAGCCAUGGAGGCCCCGGAGGUCCCCGUGGGCUCGCUAAUCGACUUUGGGCCUGAGGCACCCACUUCCUCUCCCCUGGAGGCACCACCCCCUGCACUGCAGGACGCAGAUGGCUCCCUGGGGGAUGGCGCAUCAGAGAGUGAGACCACUGAGUCUGCGGACAGUGAGAAUGACAUGGGCGAGUCACCCUCACACCCGUCCUGGGACCAGGACCGCCGCUCCUCCUCCAACGAGUCCUUCUCCUCCAGCCAGAGCACCGAGUCUACCCAGGAUGAAGAGACCCUGGCUCUCAGGGACUUCAUGCGUGGCUAUGUGGAGAAGAUCUUCUCUGGAGGGGAGGACUUAGAUCAGGAGGAGAAAGCCAAGUUUGGAGAGUACUGCAGCAGUGAAAAUGGAAAAGGCCGGGAGUGGUUUGCUCGAUACGUGAGUGCCCAGCGCUGCAACUCCAAGUGUGUCUCAGAGGCAACCUUCUACCGCCUGGUGCAGUCUUUUGCAGUGGUGCUGUUUGAGUGUCAUCAGAUGGAUGACUUUGGGCCUGCCAAGAACCUCAUGACCAUGUGCUUCACCUACUACCACAUCGGAAAACCGCAGCUGCUGCCCCCGGAGGCCCGGGAGAAGCCCGCGGGCAGCAUCGACUCCUACCUGAAAUCCGCAAACAGCUGGCUGGCCGAGAAGAAGGACAUUGCCGAGCGGCUGCUGAAGAACACCUCGGCCAGGACGGAGAAUGUCAAGGGCUUCUUCGGGGGGCUGGAGACCAAGCUGAAGGGGCCCCUGGCCAGGAGGAACGAGGAAGACGAGAGCAAACCCCAGGAGAAGCGGCCCAGGGCUGUGACCGUGUACAGCCCCGAGGACGAAAAGAAGGGGGAGAAGAUCUACCUGUACACGCACCUGAAGCAGCAGCCCAUCUGGCACACGCUGAGGUUCUGGAAUGCAGCCUUUUUUGACGCUGUCCAUUGUGAGAGGACAAAGCGAUCUCCCACUACCAGAGGGGAUGCUGGAGAGGAGGAGGAGAAGAGGGAGAAGUGGUGCCACAUGACGCAGGAGGAGCGCGAUGAUAGCCUCCGGUUCAACGAGAACAUCACCUUUGGGCAGCUGGGCACGUUCUCGCACAACAUGCUGGCCUUCGGACUGAACAAGAAGCUGUGCAAUGACUUCCUGAAGAAGCAGGCUGUGAUUGGCAACCUGGAUGAAGAGCAAUACAAGCUGCUUAGUGACCACAUUGAGCAAAUGGCCACUGAGUAGGCCCCAGAGGUCACACUCUGCAGGAGGACUGAGACCAUGCGCCAUUCUCCCGGGCCCAGUGCCCGGCCGUCACCCCACCCGUGACCUGCAUGAAGCCAGCAGCACCCAGAGCCGCACCUGCUGCCCUAGAACUAGUGGUUAGAAGAAUCCGCUGCUCCUUCCUCUUCUCCUCUGCCUGUGUCUGCGCCCCCCCAUCCAUGUGCCAAAGUGUCCCUUGGGUCACAUGGCUAAAGCCAAGGUGACCAGCUGUACCCCGAGUGCCAGGCUUGUGAGAUGAGACCAAGAGGGAGGAGGGGAAGGGCGCUGUGGGCCAUCGUGGGCCAAGGGCUGGCGAGGGUGGGGGUGGGCAAGGGAUGCAGGCAGGACAGCCAUGAGGUGGGGCUGCAGCCGGCAUACCCAGUGGUGGAGGACUGGCCCUGCCACUCAUGGUGGGCGGCCCUGGGCCACAUUCCCUGCAAUGGGUGCACACCUGGCUCCCAUCCAGCCCUCUCAGUGUGGGGCUGUGGCCGGUCCUCACUCUUCCCCAGUCUCCCUCUGUGGGGCAGGAACGGGAAGUCACAGGACCCUUGAGGAAGAAACGCCUGUUUUAGGGAGAGAGAGGGAGUGGUGCAGAGGAUGCUCUUGGCUGGCUGGAGCAAGACCUGGCUCCCACCAGAGGGACAUGUGUGUGCCCUGCAGACGGCCCGGGAUCUGUGUGUCUCCGCCAGAGCCACAGCAGUGCCAAGGUGCCUGCAGUAGACCACACAGACCGUCUGACAUGCGCCCGCCUGGCGGACAGCUCCCUUCUGAAGCAGAGAAGGCUCCGCGGUCACGAAGCAGCGUUGUGCCGUGUGUCCCUCACAAGAAGCACAGGAAAGAGAAGUUUCUUUAGUAGUCACUAGACAACCACCCUUUCUAAAAGCAAACAGUGCUGCUCUUUAUUCCAGACAAGGCAGGAAAGUCUGAGCUGGGAGAGACAGCAGCUGGAGAGAGGCAGUUCUGUGUGACGUGUGGGGCGAGCCAGUGGCAUGGACUCUGCCUGUAAGGGCUGAGCGCUGGGCCUGUGCCCCCAGGGGCUCCGGAAGGGGCUUUUUCCUUCCCCACCAGACCUUUGCAGCUCCUUCCUCCAGCCUCUGCAGAGACUCCCUUCACCUCGCAGCUACUGCCUGGGAACCAUGACCCUUCUCUUCUGUGGAUCUGUACCAGGCACUCCAGGCCAGCCCGUGGGCCCGGGGCCUGACCCUGACACCUGCAUGCUGGGUCCAGAGCCUUCUGUUUCGCCAUGCGUGGACGCUGCCAGCCUGCCUGGGGUCCCCUGCCUCCUACCCGUCGCUGCUGUGGUCCCUGACCGCCAAACAGGCCCGUGGGGCUCUCCCUCCACCCGCCAUCCUCCCCUCCCGCCCUUCCUGGCUACCUCCUCUGACAUUCGGUCAGAUAAGUCCCGUCUUGUUUGUAAGCCUGAGAGUCACUUACCCGGCCACUGCUUGGAAGGUUUCCCUCCAGGGAAUGCCUCCCCAGGAUGGUCCAGAGACGAGCACAGAUUGGUUGGAUCACAGAACGUGUGUCUGGGGCAUUAUCUGAAAUGUGGUGUCAUCUGAUGCACUUGGACCACAUGUCGCCAGACUGCAGAAUGGGGAGCCGGGGCUCAGGGCCCCUGACUACGUGGUGCGUGAGUGAUUUUAGCCUGGCAAUGCCGCUGGCCAGACUGGCCAUGCUGCCAGUGCGCUCGCCAUGAGUUGGGCUGGGGUGGGGGAGUUGCGCAGGCUGGGGUGCCCCUUCCCCCAUCGUUGGACCCCAACGGCCGUGUCUCCACCGAAUCCAUUUAGAGAAUCAGAGAGCAAGGGGUGUGCGGACGCCCCUCGCUCUGAUGCCAACUGCAAAUAAUACACACCUCCUGCGGCGUCCAGCCACGGCUCCAGGGCACUGCUCUCCUCCCCACACCGGCGAAACUCAGGCCACACUGAGGGCUGACUGUCCGGGAGCUCCCUUCAGCCGCCUCGUUGUCAGCGUUCUUAGUCAUGUAUUAUUCGUGUUAGUGAAACGCAUUCGGCCUUUGUUCUGCGGUGCCCACAAGACUUACCCCUGCAUGUGUAGGAUUUUUGUUUGGAAGUUUUGUUUGAUUCUGAGACUCUCUUGGGGGCACUGGAGGGCUUGGGCACAGCCUCUGGAAGGAAAGGCAGCACUGACUUCGUUGGACUUUUUUCCAAGCACUUUGACUUCAAAAA